ACUAGUCAAUUGUUCUUACUUUUGAAAACAAUUUGGUUAGGUGUGAAUAAUAGAUUAAAAUAUUUAUACACGAGGGUAUGCAGAAAAGUAAACGAGUUUUCACACAAGAAAGACACGUCGUUUCGUCUACUAUUAAAGGGGCCAUGUAAGAAUACUAGUCAAUCGCGCCUACUUCCAAAUACAGUAAAAUGUACUUGAGAAAGUAUAAUUCAAAAAUGAUUUCAUUGAUAAUCAUUAAAAGAACGUAUUUGUAUAAAUACACUGAAAAAACAUUAGGGUUUCAAAAACCUGUAAACUACACUAAGAAAACAAACUCGAACCGGUACAUUAAGAAAUACUAGUUAUUAAUUAAAUAACUGGAGGUAAAUUUGAAAGCGGAGAAUUGAUAUGAUCUUUUUUAUAUAUUUUUCAAAAUGGCGGGCUUCUGAGACUUGGGACUUACAAAUAAGGUUAUUUAUCUCAUAAACCAUUGACAAAACACUCAGGUAGAUGAAAUUUAUUGAUAAUCAGUUGAUGUUUUUAAUCAUUCAAACAAUUUUAUCUUAAUUACGAGAUUUUUUUGAAAAGAAAGUAUAUAAGGAUAUACCUAAAUAAUUAAUUUGAAUUAAUAAAUUGGUUAUCACUGGAUUCGUACUGAAUUUGUUUUCUUGUGAUAGGAACAUAGAAAAAUUUAGUGAAAUCGACGUAAUGUUGAAAAUAUUCGUUUCCUUGUUGCUUUCGAGCAGCGUCUUUGGCGAAACCAUAGAUAAACUACACCCGCUUUCCAUCGAAUUCAUCGACGCGAUAAACAGACAACAGAAUACGUGGAAAGCGGGGAAAAAUUUCGACGAAAAUACCCCGAUGAGCGAAAUUAAAAAAUUAACGGGUAGUUUGAAAUCGAACAUCAAAUUACCUAUAAAACACCAUAAAACCGAUUCAGAUAUACCGGAUACGUUCUUCGCCUACGAUCAGUGGCCCCAAUGCGAAAACGUCAUCCGUACAAUAAGGGAUCAAGCAUCUUGCAGCUCUUCUUGGGCGGUAGCCGCAGCUUCCGCUAUGAGCGACAGGCGUUGUAUUAAAUCCAACGGGGAACUAACAGUACUAGUGUCAUCUGAGGAUUUAUUGGAGUGUUGCAGUAACUGCGGUCAAGGUUGCGACGGGGGUUACCCCUACAUGGCUUGGUUGUAUUGGCAGACCGACGGUAUAGUUACGGGGGGAAUUUACAAUACCACCGACGGAUGUAAAUCGUAUUCGAUGUGGCCGUGCGAACGUUACACACACGACGAUCUCAGACCGCCAUGUAACGAUUACAACUUCACGACGCCGACGUGUAACAGACAAUGUGACAGUCCCGAUAAAGUAUACGCUAAUGAAUUGACUUACGGCGAUGGUUCUCCGUACAAUUUGACCACCGUCGAAGAUAUACAGAGAGAUAUUAUGCAACACGGUUCCGUCGAAGCUACCAUUAAAGUUUACGAAGAUUUUUUAUCGUAUCAAUUAGGUGUGUACAGUUAUACCAUGGGUGAUUUAGUUGGGGAACAGUCCAUAAGGAUAGUCGGAUGGGGUGUGGAAGACGACCUACCCUAUUGGAGAGCAGCAAAUUCAUGGAAUUACAAUUGGGGUUUAUACGGUUACGUCAAAAUCCUGAGAGGUACGAACGAAGUGGGUAUCGAGAGUGAAGUUAUCGCCGGUUUACCGAAAAUUUAAAUUUCAUCAACCAAUAAUGAAAAAAAAAAGAACAAAAUUCGAAAAAAAAUUUAAAAAUAUAACGAACAUUUAAUAGUAGAAAAUAUACGAUGUUUCAUUUU